AGGUUGUGGCGGGAUUCUUGUUUUGAGGUUCCCACUUCUACAUGCUUGUACUCGAAAACAUCCUGUAACUUAAUAUGUGUGCCUGAGCUUUACAUCUGAAGAGACAGUAAGGCCUAAUUAAGCGAACAGAACAGCAUCCUUUAUUUGUAGUUGUUGUUGUUGACGGCGCUCGGACGAGGUGGAAAAUGUCCGAGAGAAACCAGAAUUGGUUGGCGCAAACUGCGUCUGCUUUGAUCGAGAGUGUACAAAACGGAUCCUCGGAACAGUCAUACGUAGGCCUCCUGAGGGAUAUAUGCUUCGUGAACCCAAAAGAGCUUGUGAUAGACUGCAGCAUCGCAAACAAAGUUUUAUCCACAGUUCUUAAGAAGUUUGACUCCACGUGUCAAACACUAGUUCAAAGAUGUCAAGCCUCCAACACUUCUGAUGACAAAGAGCUUUUCGAUUUGAUGGAGGUAGCAGUUGCCUUGGUGAAAUCAGCAAAAGCACUGUUAGAGCGUGUCUCAUUUGGUGAUGAUGCGACAGACGAGGGAAAGCUUGUACUUGUUUCAUUGGGACUUGAUUUGGUUCAUUCUUCAUACGCUCAUUGGAAAGUAUGCAAAACUGUGUAUAGAGAGCAUCUGAGUAAAGUGGAAGAUACUCUUGGCAACCUUUCCAACCAGACCGUGCAGCUGCAGGUGGUUUUGGUUCAAUCCAUGGAAAAAGUUGAUGUUGCAUCAUCACAUGAGAAGCAGCUUGUAAGCCUUGCAAAUGUAUGUGAGAAGUUAAGGACACUUGCCAUACUCCUGCAAGACCUGGAUCUCAAGAUGCUUAUCUCAGCUCGCAAAAUCUUAGUCAAGACCCUUCUUCAGUACAGAGAUUGUUUGAAACGUACAUUUAAUAUUGAUGCUGCUGUGACAGACCUCUGCUCAUAUGUGACUGAAUGGUUGUUAAAGCUGGAGAAACCUGCAAAGGAGAAUACUUUCUUGGUCGAGAUGAAAGCAGUUGCCUUUCACUUACGUUUGUUGGAUUCACUCCUUUCCAAGUAUGAAGGCUUUUACAGUAGCAGCAUGAAGGACAUUGUGAAGAUGAUUGUUGUUCUCUCAAGGAUGCCUGCUCUUGAUGUCUACAACAGUGGACUGACAGCAGCUCAGAGGAGCGGCUUGAUGCUGCAUGUCUGGAUAGCUGCAGAGCAUCUUGUGGCAUUACUUGCAACCAAUAGCGACUUUUGUGCCACUGUUCUUGACUUUGAUGUUUGUGAAAACUGCUGGUGUGGAUAUCUGCUCAUGCUUCUGACAAUCUUGGAUCACAUUACAACCACUAGUGACAUAUGGUUACAGCCACUGGGAGAAAGAAAUAUUUUUGACCUUGUUUUCGACUGCACUGAUAAAUGCAUUGUAGAGCUUCAGUGCCCAGUGUCACUGGAUUAUUCAACAGGCGAUGGCAAAGCUCCAAGAAAAGUGGGACUCUACGAAAAUAUUUGCAUCCAUAUGUGCCGCUUUGUUGCCAUGCUUCCUGCAAGCCACUUUCCAGUUCUGGAAAAUACACUCCUGAAAAAUGUGCUUUGUGAAAGUCACUGGAAGGCUUUCCUGGCAUCUGAUGUGUGGUGUUUUGUUGCUAGGUAUGGUUCUCCACAGCUCUGUUAUGAACACGUCCAGCUUCUGGUCCGUCUUGUCAAGCUUACCGCCAGUAUGCAGAUAAAUGGCCAUGUUCGUGUGAAACAGCUUCUGACUCGUCUCUUUCACUUCUUGGCUGAUGAGCACAAGGCACAGCUUUUACAGUCACAUUCUGAUGAUUUGCUUAUCUUCAGCAUUCUACCAUCACCAGAAUUUACGUCAAUGCUUAGAGCAAAUGUGCUUCAGCUUUUGAACAAACUUGCCUGGAAAAGCAUAACAUUGGUGGAAUUGAAAACACUGGAGCACCUUCUUUGUCAUUUGAGAUAUAACAGCAAAGCAAAGGAUCACCCCCUGCCUGUAUCCGUUCUCUCACAGGCCCUCAGGGCAAUUCCAGUUCACAGGUCAUUGGUUUGCAGCACACUAAGCAAACACAUUAUCUCACUUGUCAUGUCGCAAGUGGCUCUUCUGAGUGACAAAGCACUUAGUGAUGUGCUGAGCACUCUCGAAUCACUGUAUGAAAGUGAAGUUGACUUUCUACAAACAUUGACUGUCUUGCACCUGCCAUACUUUGGAGUGAUGCCCAGUAUUCCUAGUCCACAGAAAGCAGAGGUGUGUGAACGACUGUCAAGAUUGUUCAGCUUCGCCUUGUCAUCUGAAAACUAUGUUAUAAAGCACAUGGCAAUGCUUUCAUUUGCUCAAUUUGCACAAGUCACUCAGUAUGACAUUGUCAUUACCAAAACAAUUGAAUGGCCAUCUUUGAAAGAAGCAGUAAAAGCGUUUCUGAUGAAGGAUGACCUGAAGAAAUCAUUUUUCUGGGCUGAUUUUGUGAGGAAACAGGAGAAAGCAUUGUCUUUUUGGAUGGACACUACAAAGAAGUCCCGGAGUGACCGGGAUAGCUAUCCAUGUGACGCGGCGGUAGAGGCAAUUCCUGAAAAACGCAGGAAGUGCGAGGAUGAAACAGAAAAGCUUGUUGAAAAUAUUGAAGAUGCAGUUGCAAAGUUACUGCAUGCGGACAACUUGGGUCCUCUGCAGCCACGUCUGUGUUGCCUUCAGAAAAAACUGAGUGAUAUUCUGGACAAGCUGUAAAACGAACACGCUGAAGUUGCAAGAGCAAUAAAUUCCUUUUUAUUCUAACUGCUCAAAUGAUUAUGCUUGUGUGAGCGCCCUGUGCUAUCAUAUUUUUCCAUCGGCCAGCUCCCACUGUGCCAGCCUUACUCUGUGAUUGCCAAGAGCAUGAAGCUACAGUGGCAAAAUGAAAACACAAAUGUGUACUGAGUGUGCAGAGAUGGAAGUGCUAUGCCAAUUGCACCAUUUUGAGCUAAAUGAUCAAGCUGUGCCACACCAUUAAUUUCGUAUGAAGUUGACAAAUUUAGCAGGAUGUGCGUGUUCAGUGGCAACCACACAGCCAUAGUCAUGUGUUAGCUAGCAUUUAGCCCUGGAAAGCAAGCCUAAGCAAUUUGUUUCAGCGUCGGCGUCUUUGGAGUGUAGGUGUCUUCGGUGGCGCAUUGUAACUUGGCCACAUGCAAAUGAAAAUCGUUUUGUGCUAUACAAUGCAUUACAAAUGUUUUAUAUAAGUCUUGUGCGUUUGCAUACUUUGCGGGCUGGCUAAGGAUUAUUUGAGCUGGCACUCUUUUUAUGGGGCACUUGGGAAGGAAAGCCAUGUUCUCAGCUGAAUGAACAAGUCAUACGGUCUGUUCAGCGUGUAGCUCAUCAGUUUCGUUAUACACUUUAUCGCUCGCUUGUGCGCACUAUUGGUAAAUCUGCUUCGAUUAAUGGUCGAACACUAUGUGUGUAACGUUCCAAAUCUAUUUCGCACAUUCACCAUGUCCGGUUUCCAGGAUAAUAGUGUGGCACACUGACAAACGACCUACUUGCUUUCGUGAAACUUCUUGGCCAGAAAUAUCCAGUGGCAACUGUAAUCGUCACUCAAAUUUGGAAUCUGACUGCACUA